GAUACCUCAGCCCUUUUCUCUUCAGUCCACCACACCAAAGUCGACUGUCUGAGCUGCUGCAGACGUGCCCCUGGCGCCGCCGGCUUCUUCCCUGUAUCCGCCAUCCGAUUCCCUGGAGUCCUGGACUGCAGCUGGCUCUCCCCUACCUCACCUUAUCUUCCCACGGCUCGACCUAAUUGCCCGCUGCAGGUGUAUCUGUACAGCUGCACUCGUCGACGGAGUGAGAGAGAAUGCGACACUGUUUAA